AUGGCACAACAAACUGCGAUAUAUGAACAUCCACCGGCCACUAUUAUCCUCACCAUCUCUUCUUUUCUGUUCCUCAUCAACGUCGCCGAUGCCCUUUUCGAGUGGCUGAUAAAUGCGGGGCUCAUUGGCUCACUGAUUAUAGGGGUUGUAUAUGGACCACAAGCUGCAGAUAUACUCCCGAACGACCUCAUAAUCUCACUUAUCCAGUUAGGAUAUAUCGGACUUCUGAUUCUCGUCUUCGAAGCGGGAUUGACGACGAACACGCAGCUCCUCAUUGACAAUCUCCUCCUCUCAACGGUGGCGGCGGUAAUUGGCAUCGGGGUCCCCAUAGGUCUUUCCAUGUUGUUGUUACAUGUAGGAUACGGAUAUACCCUUCUCCAAUCCUUCGCGGCCGGUGCAGCUCUCAGCUCUACAUCACUGGGCACAACUUUGGCUCUGCUUAAACCAGAAUGGAGACAGAUGCGCGCUGGUGCUGUUCUGCUAAGCGCCGCACUUUUGGACGACAUCGUAGGACUGGUUAUUGCCGCGAUCAUUGCGCAACUCGCAGACACAAACGGCGGUAUUCCGUGGCAGAUCAUCGUCCAACCAAUCCUUGUUUCUGUGGCGUUCGGAAUUUUGGUCCCCCUACUAGCCUACUUGCUCAACCGUAUGCGAGUCACGUACCACCUUAGCCGGGUAGUACCAAAAAGGUACCAUGAAAGGUCGUUACUGUUUAUUAUCGUCAUAGUGCUAUCCGGCUUCGUGGCAGGAGCCCGUUACGCUGGAACAAGCGAUCUCUUCGGUGCUUAUCUCGCCGGGAUUUUGCUGAACUUCCUUACCAAGGGAUACACAACGGAAGAUAUUAUUCUCGCCGCCGAAGAACAGAAAACGACGCACUCGUAUCCUCCUCCAGUCGUGCACGAAGGGCUCUCCGCCAUGACAUUCGCACGAUACAUCUCACCGGCCUUGCAGUCAUUUCUUUCCCCAAUCUUCUUCGCGUCGAUCGGAAUCUCGCUUCCUAUACGUGCUCUUGGGGUCGCAGAUGGAUCGUCUGCAGUGAUAUGGCGCGGCAUCGUCUAUGCCAUCCUCAUGUUCCUCGCAAAAGCCGUCGUCGGUGGAACUAUCUUCUUGUGGCCAGCUCCCAGAGUCACAGAAGUAGAAGUAGCAGUACUGGGACAUUCACCACCCACCCUUACUCGCUCUCAGGCGAGUGUUUUCCUGGGACUAGCAAUGGUUGCGCGUGGAGAGAUUGCCCUGAUCGUGGCGCAACUCGCUCGACCUAUCCUAACGCGCUCAGGGGAAAGCGAAGAAGCGUAUGCGGUGGUUGUAUGGGCAAUAUUAUUGUGUACUGUCGGAGGAGCGAUGUGUGUCGGCUUUUUCCUGCGAAGUAGAUCUUGUUAG